AUGCCGCUCUCAGACACUAAGUUGCGGUGCUGCUUCCGCCCUUUUAAGGUACGCCUGGCGAUCGCGCCUCUUUUGACCUCCGUGCUCUGCCUCCGCUGGUCAGAGUUGUGUUACUCCCUAAUUUAAGAUAAGGUAUGGAAGUCUCUCUAGUCUUCCACUUACGGCUAAUAAUUUUUAAUGCCAAAUACAUACACCACUGUCCGCGCAGAUCCGCACCGAAAUUCAACAGUCCCUUUCCUCAGCUUUUUUGCACCGAGUUUGUUUCAUAUCUUCGUGGUGUUUUGUGCCUGCCCUUGGUUCUUCAUAAAUAGGUCCGGUAGAACUAAAGCCCGCUCAAAUACGAUGGUAAGCGAAGAUUUAGUCGUUAAAACGAUUUUAAAACAAUAAAAUUUACCAGACCAAGCUUAGCCUGGGCUAACUACGUGCUUAUCGGCACUUGUCAAUACAGCCACAACUACUGUUUGGGCUUACGAUUAAAAUCGACAGUGUAUAGUUUACGCUACAUAAUAAUCACUACGCUUGGGGUUUUCCGAUUUCUGCAUUAUUUUUUACACAGGAACAGCCUACAGGUUCUUAGUACUCCUGAUGACUCUCACUAUAGUCACUACAGUAACACUCGUUUCGAUGUGCAGUGUUUAUCAAUCCCCGGCUGUUCUCUCAGGUCUUUGUUUUGUGUUUCUGCGUUUCUUUUCUCUUCCAGCUGUCGAAAUAGCCUUCUGUACCGCCGGAAGCUGUCACCGGUUUCAUCACUUCCAAGUUCCUAAAUUAUUACGUCUUAUCGCAUCGGGAUAUGCAGCGUACAUGGCUGCUUUCAGUAGUUUGACAUUCUUUCGUUGAAUAUUGACUAAUUUUGGACGUGCAUUAUUACGGGUGUCCCUCUACCAUGCUCACUCCCUUUUCGGUUGGCUAUAGCUGUAGCUGCGGUCUAGGCAGUUUAGUGGUAGGGAUUGGCGUAGGAGUUAGUUUCUGGACUGGAGGAAUACGCGAGGAAGGCAUAUGAGACGGUGAUCCUUCACAGGUUUCAUUUUGCUGCGCUUUGGAGCCAUCUUAAACGCUUCAUUGUGUUAUGCCACUGUCCUCCUGAAACCCUGCUUGCGUUUAGCCUUGUGGUAGUUUCACGCCAUGAGACCAUUAUCUUCUCGUAAAUUCAGUUGGCUAAAUGAUCAAAUUUCUCAAGCCUCAAAUGGCCUACAGGGGGGGGGGGACAUAGAGCUGCCAUAAGGGUUAAUGGCGAUUCUGCAAGUAGUUUAUCGAUGUUAUGGUGACCAGUGUCCCAGUGCUUAUUUCCUUUCUCGUCCAAUCUUUGGGGUGCGGAAACGGUUCAGAUAGAUGGUUACCACCAACUUUUUGGUCAUUAUUCAUACUAGCGUCCCAUGUAAACGCGACACCACUAUUUGUCACCGAUUCGCAGAAAACGUUAGGUCGCCAGUUCUUCAGACUUGUGGGACGCCCUCAAUUGGUAACAGACGAGUUAUUUUGGACGACCCAGAAAUUGCAGUUGGUCUCCUCUUUCUGAUUUCUUCCAUUAUUUUAUUGCUAGACAAUUGUUAUUCUCUCAGAUGUACUAAAUCUCCACUAUAAUUUUCACCGCAGCGCGCAGUUGCCGACGUCCGUAUAGGAUUUAUCUCGCGGUGUUAUUUUCAGUCUGUUUUGAACGAGUUUCCCACUUGGGCUGACUACAAAGGGGUGUUGCCGCGCGCGUCAGAUGAUAAUAUGCCUCAUCAGUUGCUGUAUCCACUUUUCGGACAUAUUUGCGUCGCUUCUCCCUGAACCAUAUGCGACCGGGGAGACGGCGGAAUGAGAUUGACCGUACUCCGUCUUUACUCAGCGUUGACCAGUUAAGGCGCGUAUGCAGUGUAAGGAUACCACAAUUCUGGCGGUAGAUCUCAAUGACUGGCAGUGCAACCUACUACCAAAUUUAUACGUUAUCAUCUCAGAACGAAGAUAUUCCAUAUAGUCUUACGUAUAAAAAGCAAACAUUAGAAUUUUUGACAUUCCACAGCCGUAGAAGGACAGCAAAUGUGGAUGAAGAAUUAUCCAACAGGCCUCCAUGUCAGCGUUUUCAGUGACGGAUUUCCGACCGGCUUUUUAGGCCCUCUGGACCACAUCACCAGUUCCCAUUUUCCUUAGAGUAGUUUGACCCUCAUAGAUAUACCUGAUUAUCUAUCCUGCAAACAUGACACUUUACAUCUUAUCAUGUCAUUUUUGGUCCAUAUUAGAGACAGAUUCUGCACGUGGUUACUAUCGGAGGGCCAGAAACGACCAGAGACGUUGAAGUCAAAUGUAUCGAAAGGCGUUCAGUCGAGUCACCAGGGUGCUGCUCGGUGGUACAGUCGGUGCGGGUCUUCUGGCCGUGGCUGCAUCAGGUGAACCGCCACGCCUUCGUGCCGAAAGUUUUAUUCCCAGUCUCCUCCGGGUACUGGCUUACAGCGCUCCGGCAACAGAUGUCUCCAAGCACCGCGUUACGCCCUGGAACUUUAACUGGGAUGGUCGUGACGUAGUCUCUUCCACCGACAGCACCUCCAGUGGUGAUAGUUCGCACAGUCCACAGCGGCCCAAAUGCAGUCGACACAUCAUUUUUGUGCGUCAUGGACAGUACCAUUAUGCCGCGGAUGACUCGGACUGUCAUUUGACCAAACUAGGUCGCGAACAAACUGACUAUACAGGUCAGCGGCUGAAACAGCUUGGUCUACCCUAUUCCCGAAUUAUCUACUCCACUAUGACAAGAGCGGUGGAGUCAACGGAGGAGAUUAUCAAGCAUCUACCUAAUGUACCUGCUGUGCCUUGUGACCUGUUGAGAGAAGGCGCCCCUUUCCCACCGCAACCUCCUGUGCCCAAUUGGCCACAAUCUGAAGACGAUUUCACCAAGGAUGGUCCGCGAAUUGAGGCAGCUUUCAAUUAUUACAUGCACAGGGCGGACCCUAACCAGGAAAAGGACAGCUACGAGGUCCUUGUCUGUCAUGCUAAUGUGAUCCGCUACUUUGUCUGUCGCAGUCUUCAACUCCCACCAGAAGCCUGGAUCCGAAUGACUCUAGAUCACGGAAGUCUUACCUGGAUCACAAUCCGUCCCAGUGGAACUGUUAGUCUCCGUUGGCUAGGAAACUCAGGUUACAUGCCUCCGGACAAGCUGAGCGUACAGUGA